GAGGCACUGGGACGGAUCCCAGGGUGCUCGCAAACACGGAAUGUGAGGCCUCGGCCCGGCUGCCCCCGGAUCCCUGGCCCGCUCUCCACACGGGCCUGCGCCCGCGCCCGCCGCCCCCAGCUUGCCCGGAGGAGCCAGGGCAGCCGCGCCCUUCUGCUGUGUGCCCGCGUGGCCGCCGCCACCCCUGGGAAUCCUCCGGGGCCGCCGAGGAGUUCGCUACGGAGGGAGGCGGGGGCCUUCGGGAGGAGGAGGCGGAGGAGGCGGAGGAGGAGGGAAGGAAGAUGGCGGCCGUGGAACUAGAGUGGAUCCCAGAGACCCUCUAUAACACCGCCAUCUCCGCUGUCGUGGACAACUACAUCCGCUCACGCCGAGACAUCCGCUCCUUACCCGAGAACAUUCAGUUCGAUGUUUACUAUAAGCUGUACCAACAGGGACGCUUAUGUCAACUGGGCAGUGAAUUUUGUGAAUUGGAAGUUUUUGCUAAAGUAUUGAGAGCUUUGGAUAAAAGACAUUUGCUUCAUCAUUGUUUCCAGGCUUUGAUGGAUCAUGGUGUGAAAGUUGCUUCAGUCUUAGCCUACUCAUUUAGUAGACGGUGCUCUUACAUAGCGGAAUCAGAUGCUGCAGUAAAGGAAAAAGCCAUUCAGGUUGGCUUUGUUUUAGGUGGCUUUCUUUCAGAUGCAGGCUGGUACAGUGAUGCUGAGAAAGUUUUCCUGUCUUGCCUUCAGUUGUGUACUCUACAUGAUGAGAUGCUUCAUUGGUUUCGUGCAGUAGAAUGUUGUGUGAGAUUGCUUCAUGUGCGAAAUGGAAACUGCAAAUAUCAUUUGGGUGAAGAAACAUUUAAGUUAGCUCAGACAUACAUGGAUAAACUCUCAAAACAUGGCCAGCAAGCAAACAGAGCUGCGCUCUAUGGAGAACUGUGUGCACUCCUGUUUGCAAAAAGUCACUAUGAUGAGGCAUACAAAUGGUGCAUUGAGGCAAUGAAAGAAAUCACAACAGGCUUACCAGUCAAAGUCGUGGUGGAUGUUUUAAGACAAGCUUCUAAGGCUUGUGUUGUAAAACGUGAAUUUAAGAAGGCAGAACAGUUAAUUAAGCAUGCAGUGUAUUUGGCACGGGAUCAUUUUGGAUCCAAACACCCAAAAUAUUCUGAUACACUGCUAGAUUAUGGGUUCUACUUACUCAAUGUAGAUAAUAUCUGUCAGUCUGUUGCAAUUUAUCAGGCAGCCCUUGACAUUCGGCAGUCAGUGUUUGGUGGCAAAAAUAUCCAUGUAGCAACAGCUCAUGAAGACUUGGCUUAUUCUUCUUAUGUUCACCAGUAUAGCUCUGGGAAAUUUGACAAUGCACUAUUUCAUGCAGAAAGAGCUAUUGGUAUCAUUACCCACAUCCUACCUGAAGAUCAUCUUCUUUUGGCUUCUUCAAAGAGGGUGAAAGCACUUAUUUUAGAGGAGAUUGCAAUUGACUGUCAUAAUAAAGAAACUGAACAGAGGUUGCUUCAAGAAGCUCAUGAUUUGCACCUGUCUUCACUCCAGCUAGCUAAAAAAGCUUUUGGGGAAUUUAAUGUACAGACUGCAAAACACUAUGGAAACCUUGGAAGACUUUAUCAGUCAAUGAGAAAAUUUAAGGAAGCAGAAGAAAUGCACAUCAAAGCAAUUCAGAUUAAAGAGCAACUUCUUGGUCAAGAAGAUUAUGAAGUAGCCCUUUCAGUGGGACAUCUGGCUUCUUUAUAUAAUUAUGACAUGAAUCAGUAUGAAAAUGCUGAGAAACUUUAUUUGCGAUCUAUAGCAAUUGGGAAGAAACUUUUUGGUGAAGGCUACAGUGGACUAGAAUAUGAUUACCGAGGUCUCAUUAAACUUUACAACUCCGUUGGAAAUUACGAGAAAGUGUUUGAAUAUCACAAUGUUCUGUCUAACUGGAACCGGUUGCGAGAUCGGCAGUAUUCAGUGACCGAUGCCCUUGAAGAUGUCAACACCAGCCCCCAGUCCACUGAAGAAGUGGUGCAGUCCUUCCUGAUUUCUCAGAAUGUUGAGGGACCGAGCUGCUGAGGGAGGACCUCAGUUAACUAAUUUACCUUUUCCCAGAUUCCAGGGAAUUCAUACUGUGAAAUCAAAACCAUGUUGUUUUUUGGGGCUGGAAUUUGCAUUGAAACACUGGUCCAGUCCAUUGACCCUAUUUGGGUGAUCCCUAUCUUGCAGAGUGUCCGUAGGAAUAAGCAUAUAUUCAGUUAUAUUCAGCAUGUACCGCAUGUAUAAGUAAUCUGGCCCAUAUUUUCAACCUAGUAGAACAAACAACAGGAAUUUUUUUUUCUUUUUAAAAAAUAAUUCAUUUUGCAGAAAGCCUGAAAGAAAAAAAGAACCCCUAAAUAAAACUAUUUAAGAGUUUAAAAGAGUUGCAUUCUUAUUAUGUAAGGAUGAUUUUAACAACUUUUUAACAUAUAAUUCUUCCUUGAGGAGGUAUUCAAUACUGUAUUGUAAAGAAAUUUUAUGGGGAAAAUCUUUAUAUGCAGUAUAGAAAAGUUAACACAAAUACUAAUAGAAGAGGGACAUCCAGACUUAGGUUUGGCUACCUUACCCAGAGAAGUGGAUACAACCACUCCAGAGCUCUAUUACAAGGGAAGGACUGUCAGAUUCAUCUGAACUGGACCAGUGUUGAUCUGUAAGUAACAGGAAAGCUGAUAAACCAGCAGUUUUAACUCUUUGGUUGUUUUGGUUUUGUUGUGUUUUUUUGGGGUACAAAAAUGCAAGAUGCUCUCAUAGCGUUUGCUAACAGGACCAGGAGGAUCUGAAAAGGACCAGCCUAAUGUAGAAAGGGGUUAUUUGGACCAGAGGCUUUAGAUUAUUAUUUUAGCCCCUGCCUAUACUUUUAUCAGUAGAAUGAUUUCAUUUAGAUGUAUAAUGAAAAGUGAUCAUGCAAAAAUUAUAUUCAUGUAAUAGACACCAAACUAGGGAAAUUUGGCAAUUUCAGUGGCAUAUUUUAGUCAAGGUACACAGAUGGCAAUGCCAUAAGCAAGUCUAUAAAUAUCUGCUGCAGCCACCUCCCUCAUUUUAAAUGUUACCCUAAUAAGCAACACAGUUAGCAAGCAUAUUGGCUAAGAGUCAUGAAAUAGCUCAUGUCCAGAUGGGAAUUAUAGGUUACUGUGUGGUUUAUGGGGAUUAAUGGAAAAAUGAAUUCCGAAAAACAGCAAGUCUUCUUAGAAAUCCUUCAUGUUUAUGGUAAAUAAUAGUGCAACUAGGUCAUUUUAUUUGAAAUUCAAGAGUCAAGUGGAAAGAUUCCCCUAAUGAUAUAUCUAUUUCACUAACUUGUCUUUCUGUUUAUUGGGUUUUGAUUUUUUUUUUAAGCCAGUCAGGUUAUUUAAUGUUGAGGUAAUAUUCAAAUUUGAGAAGUUGUGACAUGUAGCAAUCCAAGAAACAAAAAAGGUCUUUUGCUGUUACCUCAGUUCUUAUUAUAGUGGCCUAUUUGGUGCCUCUAUAGUUAAGAAUCAGGGUUUUCCCCCCUAUUUUCAGGGGUUCAUGACUUGGCUGUUAGAGAUGUUGCUCCUGGCUAAUGCUGGGAGUGGUCUGUGGGUGAGUGGAUGUGUGCUGAAUUUUGGUUUUCUUUUAACAGGCACGUUGGGGUGGGAGGGAGAAAAAAUCUAAACUGUCCACCACAUUGACUACAGAAAAAGUAAUUGGAGAUUUCAGAUAAAUUUGAUUUUAAACACUUUUUUGGACUUCCUAAAUACAACCUUGUUUAAAACUUUUAUUUGCCGUCUUGUUAGUUAUGAGCCAGUGUUUUUAAGUCCCCAAGUGGGCGAUGACUAGGGGAGGUACCUAAAGAUGAAGCAAGCCCAGACCUUAAGAUUAUAGCUAUGUGAUUUUGAAACCUGGGUUUAAUCCUCAAAUUGAAUUACUUUUAAUUUUGAAAAGAGUACAUUGGCACACCUGCACCUCCCCCUUCCAGUUUAUUACAAUCUAAUGCCAAGAGGCACCUCUUUAUUAAUUACCAAAUAGUCUGUGUGACCAAGGACUAACAUUUUUAAGUUACUCAGCUCUAUCCUCAUGGGCCUAUAUAUUUAAUACCUCCAAAGAUACUUUAAGGAUAGGCUUUGUAUACUUUUGUUGGUUAUUUAGAGUCCUGUGGUAUGUUUGUGGUAUAGGAAUGUCAUGGUAAAUUGUUUUUCAAUAAAUAUUUUGAAACUUAUGUUUUCAUAUGAAGUUUUUUUUUUUAAUCUAUAUUUUUGGUUUUGUGCACAUAUAGCAUUUCCUAGGAUAAAAUCAAGCAAAUGACUUAAGGCCUCAUCUUCUCUAAUUCAGUUUGAACUCAACUUAGCUCACACUCAGUGAUAAAACAACAUGAUAUUUAGAAGCCUAGGUUCACAGGGUGAUAAUAUUAAAUGGCAGCCAGUUUUUCUUAAAAAAAAAAAAGUCAUUAUUGGUAGUUCCCCCUUAUUGCCACUGCUUUAAUGUAGUUUUCUGUAAAUCCAUAUACUUUGACUUAAUGCAGACACUCUAGGUUGAGAAGAGAGAUUGCCAGUUUCUGUUAGUGAUGUAACUUAAUGUGCUGUUGUUUCUGGUUUUAAUGAAGAAUAAUACCCUAAUUUUUAAGUGUGGGAUUUAUCCUUUCAGUUAGGGAUGUUUAGGAUAAGUUAGGGAGGUAAAUAUCAUCAUGAUUUUUGGGGUUAGAAAAAAUCUCAAAAGAAUAAAAUUACCUCACAAUAGCCAAUUGCUUGAACAAACUUUUUAUAUAUGGUGGGGUUGUGUGUAAGAAAUCCUAGACCAACUUAAAAGAUUUUUCUGGAAGUUCAGCAAAGUAAUAUUAAAUAAGGGGCCUUUGGUCUCAUCCUUUCCUGGCUUUCAAUGUUUCUCUCUUACCCAGUUUUUUUCCUAAAGUUUGGUGCUACUCAAGUUGGGUGCAUCAGGGAGCCCUGUAACAUUCGUGAGCCACACAGGUGGUCGGUCACUCCAGCGUUCAGUUUAGGAGAGCGGGUUGGGUUUUUUAGACCAUAAUUUUUAUGGGUCCCCAAAGCUGACUUUGCCCAACGCAUUAGGACCCUUAUUAUCGUCAAAUUUCUGUCUCUGUUCAGCAAAAAAUGAACUCAUUAUUGCUUUGGGGUAAUCCCCACACAGGUGUGCUUUCACUUGUGAAAAUGAAAGAUUUGACAAAGACCUUUGUUCUUAGCCUGUUAGAGAAGGGUUCAUAAUAUUGUGGAAACUAGGUCCAGUGGCUGCAAUCAUAAAUAACGAGAGUGCCAUUUGGCGGCUUAUAGUGCAG